UCGCAAAAAGUGGUGAAAAGUUUUUAGACCCCCCUCCCCUGUGUGUUUUUGUUGGGGGGAAAGAAAAAAAAAAUAGAAGUUUGUAGGUAGUUAACUCGGUCGUGUGAAUGUGGCGAGCUCGUCGUGUUUCGGCCCCUCGGUGACAAUGCGGGGCAACGAGCCGUGUUUACUCGUCUAAAGUCGGGACAGCGAGCAGGCGUUUCAAGCUUCGUUACGUCCUCUGGCUCGGACCGAAAAAAAAUCUCAGUGGCCAUCAUCGUUUCACCUCUGCCGUCUCUCGUUAGCCACCGAGCAGCUAGCUCCGCCGCGGGCCAGCUACACACAACGGUAACGCUCCCUCGCCUCACGGUGCGUUCCCUCGCGGGGACUUCCAGCUUUAUUUUUUUUUUUUGGGGUGGGGGGUGUGGAGGGAGAGAAAAGCGACCGCGGAGAUGGCGGAAACUAAAAUAAUUUAUCACAUCGACGAAGAGGAGACGCCGUAUUUGGUGAAGAUACCCAUCGCUGCCGAAAAUAUCACCCUGCUGGAUUUUAAACAGGUCUUGAACAAGCCGAACUACAAAUUCUUCUUCAAGUCUAUGGACCAGGACUUCGGGGUGGUGAAGGAAGAGAUUUCCGAUGACAGUGCCAAGUUGCCAUGUUUCAACGGGAGAGUGGUUUCGUGGUUGGUGUCUUCAGACACUCCGACAGCAGAGCCUCCAGUGGCAGUGGUUCCUCCUGUGGAAACGACUACCCAGCCUUCGCCCCCUCCUCCGCCCCUCCCACCCCCACCUGCAGAGAGGACCGGGGGCAUCGGGGAUUCCAGACCGCCCUCCUUCCACCCCAACGCGACGGGCAGCGUGGAGACCUUGGACGACCAGACUGAAACCGAGUCUGUAGUUUCCUUCAGGAGGGAGAGGCCUCGGCACAGAGAGAGCAUGGAGCCACACGGGCCUCGCAUGAACGGCCAGACCCGACUGGAGCGCCACCUGGCUGGAUACGAGAGCUCCAGCACGGUGAUGAGCAGCGAGCUGGAGACCACCAGCUUCUGCGACUCUGAGGACGACGACACCAUGAGCAGGUUCAGCAGUGCGACGGAGCAGAGCACAGCCUCUCGGCUUCUGAAACGCCACCGCAGACGCAGGAAACAGCGCCCCCCACGCUUGGAGAGGGCCUCCUCCUUCAGCAGCGUGACCGACUCCACGAUGUCCUUGAACAUCAUCACCGUCACUCUUAACAUGGAGAAGUACAAUUUCCUGGGCAUCAGCAUCGUGGGCCAGAGUAAUGAAAGGGGGGAUGGAGGCAUCUACAUCGGCUCCAUCAUGAAGGGAGGAGCUGUGGCUGCAGACGGACGCAUCGAACCUGGUGACAUGCUGCUGCAGGUGAAUGACAUCAACUUUGAGAAUAUGAGUAACGACGAUGCAGUGCGGGUGCUGCGGGAGAUUGUACACAAGCCAGGGCCCAUCAUCCUGACGGUGGCUAAGUGCUGGGACCCGUCUCCUCAGGGCUACUUCACUCUGCCUCGCAAUGAACCAAUCCGACCCAUUGACCCAGCAGCGUGGGUGAGCCACUCUGUCGCUAUGACCGGGGUGUACCCGCCCUUCCCAGGCAGCUCCUCCCUCAGUACCAUCACCUCCUCCUCCUCCGUCACCGAGACCGAACGUUUUGAUGACUUCAACUUAUCACUGCACUCUGACAUGGCAUCUGUUGCCAAGGCCAUGGCCUCACCCGAGUCUGGUCUGGAGGUCAGGGACCGCAUGUGGCUUAAAAUCACCAUCCCCAACGCUUUCCUCGGCUCGGACGUAGUGGAGUGGCUCUUCCACCACAUCGAGGGAUUCCAGGACCGCCGCGAAGCCAGGAAGUACGCCAGCAACCUGCUGAAGGCCGGCUUCAUCCGACACACCGUCAACAAGAUCACCUUCUCCGAACAAUGUUACUACGUCUUCGGAGAUUUAAGCGACUGUGAGAACUACAUGGCCAACCUUUCUCUGAAUGACAACGAUGGCUCCAGCGGGGCCUCGGACCAGGACACACUGGCCCCCCUGCCUCUCCCCGGGGCCUCUCCCUGGCCCAUGAUGCACACCUUCCCCUACCAGCCCUACCCGACACAUGCCUUCUCCAGCCAGCCCCCUCCGUACCACGAGCUCACCAGCUACAGCUACGCCCCCGGCAGCACCGGCAGCCAGCACAGUGAAGGGAGUCGGAGCAGUGGGUCGACGAGAAGCGAGGGCGAGCGUCGUCGCAGCACUAAAGGCCCGGGCAGCACUGUGGGUGGAGGGGAGAAAUCCCCCUCAGGCGUGGGUGUAGAAGGUGGCGGGGCAGACUCGCGCUCCGGCAGCGGCAGCGAAUCCGAAUACUCCACCCGCAGCAGCCUGAGGCGCGGCCACGGUUCAGCUGCCCCCAGCGAGCACAGCCACGCCUCCUCCCAGCGCUCCCACCAUCACCGCAUUCCCCAACCGCCCCACAUGUCUCCCUACCCGCCCGGUAUCCUUCCUUACAACCCCAUGAUGGUGAUGAUGGUACCCCAGCACCCACACCAGGCCAUGGCAGCCGCUCACGCUCUUCCUCACGCGCAGCAGCUGAUCACAGGCCCCAUGCACCCGACUCUAGCCCCGCUCCCCUCCUCCACCCCAGGGGGGCCCCCUGGCGCCCCGCCCACUCGUGACCUGGGCGCCGUGCCCCCGGAGCUGACUGCAUCCCGCCAGUCGUUCCACCUGGCCAUGGGCAACCCCAGCGAGUUCUUUGUGGACGUCAUGUAGUAUCUCUGUCUUGGUGGAGCGGCCAUUCAUGUGAAGUUGGUGUUCGGUUCCCACUUGUUUUUAACGAGGAUCUGGCGGUCGCUUUUUGAGCUCACAAGUGCCUAUUGGAUUCAGGGCACUUGUUACAAAUUUGGUGAGAACAGGGUUUAACACUGACAAAGAGAUAGAUAACAGUUAUUUUUUCAAACCUAAAUCCAGAAAGACCAGUUCUACUUUCUCAUCUCAGUGGUGAGCUAGUUUUUCCACAAAAAGAAGAUUUCGAUCGCCUAUCGGAGCUGCUCAGCAUCCUGGCUUUUAAUAUCCUCAAAACCAAAAUACUAUAUUUUUAGGAAGGGAUACACCUUCCCAAACCAGCUAAGAAUGUCAGAGCUUUCGAUCCAGGAAGCGCGCGGACCACAGUUUAACACUAGAGGGUGCCAGGUACACUGCGUACUUGAAAAGGAUACAAUCCUGUAUACAAAUCUGGUUCAUCAUGCCAGAUUGGUUGGCAGCACAGGAGUAUAUUGAGUGCCUUACUCUCUGCAAUUUUAGAGACAUUUUCACACUCCAGGUACAUAAAACAACUAAUUUUGUUCCAUCAUUGUUUGACAAUGACCUUCUCUGUAUAUACAUCUACUUCUCCUAUGUAAAUGCAAGAAUACACAACGGCAAGCUCUAAUGUGAAAAAGAAAAUAGGUCCAAAAAUGUCAGGUGAACUUGUGUUUAGUAAUCACUGUCUAGGCCUAGUCGUCAGUAACUCUAAUUGUGAGGAGUUGUGGGUAUGGACUGUAAAGGCUUAACGGUACUAAUACGUGCAGACAAACAAGUGGUACUUUUUGAUUACAUACAGUGUAUAUCUUAAGUAACUGUGAUCCAAAUGCCCCAUGCUUAUUAUUAUGUAACUGACUUGCAUUAUUCAACCAUUUCGUUUUUGUAUGAGUGACUAUAUAAAUCAUGUAUAACCGAACUAUUAAGGUGCUAAAUGAAGAUUCAACAUUUAAACAAAAAUGACAUUGACAGUGUCACAUUGUUUGAUUUCAUAUCGCCACCUUUGUUUGUGUACUUGAUAAUAAAUUUGAUACUUGCA